GUAUAAUUGAAUUGCUAUUUCUUGGAGUUGUAUCUUUAGCUGAGUCCUUAAAGCUCUACGUAUCACAAAGAUGGGUAGAGAGGAUAAAGCUAGUUGGAAGGCAGGAUACUUCCAAAAACUCAUCCAACUUUUGGAAGAGUAUCCAAAAUGCUUCAUUGUUGGAGCUGACAAUGUCGGAUCAAAACAGAUGCAGCAGAUUCGAAUGUCUCUGCGAGGCACUGCUGUUGUUCUCAUGGGUAAAAAUACCAUGAUGAGGAAAGCCAUUCGUGGUCAUAUUGAACGUAAUGCAGCUUUGGAAAAAUUAUUGCCACACAUCAAAGGCAAUGUUGGUUUUGUCUUUACUCGUGGAGACCUUGUUGAAGUUAGAGACAAACUUUUGGAGAACAAAGUUCGCGCUCCUGCAAGAGCUGGAGCUAUUGCUCCUUUGAGUGUUGUCAUCCCAGCACAAAAUACUGGUUUGGGUCCUGAAAAAACAUCUUUCUUCCAGGCUUUGAGUAUCCCAACCAAGAUUUCCAAAGGAACAAUUGAAAUUAUUAAUGAUGUCAACAUCUUGAAAGAAGGUGACAAAGUUGGUGCUUCAGAAGCUACACUUCUGAACAUGUUGAACAUUUCUCCAUUCUCAUAUGGUUUGAUUGUUCAACAAGUAUAUGAUUCAGGAACCAUCUUUGAUCCAAGUAUUCUUGAUAUCAAACCAGAAGAUCUUCGUGAAAAGUUCAUGGCUGGAGUUGCCAAUCUGGCAGCAGUUUGUUUAGAAAUUGGCUAUCCUACUAUUGCAAGUGUUCCACACAGCAUUGCUAAUGGAUUUAAGAACUUGUUGGCCAUUGCUGCUGUUACUGAUGUUGACUUUGAAGAAGCUGGUCCCAUCAAGGAGUACUUCAAGAAUGCUGCAUAAUUUUCUGUUCUGGAUAUAUGGUCAACAGUAAGAAACUCAUUUGAGAUCAGAAUUGAAUGCUGCUAAUGCUUUUUAUCGACAACUAAAUAAAUGACCAUUGUUGGUAACAAAUCAA